GCUACGCUCAAUUCUUUCUGACCGUGCUGCAAAAAACGAGCAGCUGUCCGUGUGUGUGUGCACUAUUUUCUUCAUUUUUGGGAUAGAAACAGGAACAAGAGGAUAAUCGGGGGCGAUUUAGGAAAAAAGUUCAUGCGGGACGAUGAGCGGUGUGUGGUGGUGUGAAAUCGAACAUGGUGGGAGAAGAGUUCUUACGUACUACUUGGUGGAUGGUGGUGGGGGGAAGGGAGCAGUGCUGCCCCGGUACGAGUAGUUGUGGUCCGGGAGGGGCAACGUAAAAUUGUGCUAACUGUGCAGAUUGCGGAAAAAGUCUGUCCGUGUGACCCUGCUCUCCCCCGCCUCCGUCACCCAAUCUGACAGCUAGCCCUUGCUGUCUCGGCCCUGGGCUUUCCUGCUGAGGGAAUGAUGGACAGAAAAAUUACAUAAUUUGUGCCCAAAUGUAAAGAAGGUCCGGAAAUGACCUUGUGUGCACUGUUGCAAGCACCAAGGGAUCAAUAAUUGAUACGCCAUCACCAUUAUGGAUCCAUAAUCAUGAAUACCUUAAUCAGUGAAAAUGAUUCAGUUUGUUGCUAUGAUUAUGUAAGUUUACCUUGAGCGCAGUGCCAACCCGAUCAAAACUUUCUGCACGGGGCGAUAAAAAGGGUUGGCAAAGGGGGUGCAGCGAUGAAACCGAUUCCACACCACCUCCAGGCUUUGGGGUUAAUUUUGGCAAAUGGGAAGCAAAAAAAAAACAUUACAGCUACCAUGCACGGUGCAUGAAUGGUUUAAAAAAAGCAAAUAUUUAGGACAACAAUGGCGGAGAUGAUAACGGCCAUCCCGGCGUUCCACGGAAGAAUCAACCAACGUCGAAAACGUCGCUCCUCUCAAAACGGUUGACGGUGUCUACCUGUUCCGCGGUGUGCUCUCAAGUAACGAAUGUCCCUUUUGGGGGGUCCAAGAGUUACUUCCCAAACCGCGCGAGCUCGCGCUUUCACGCACUGGAAUGCAUACGGAUUAUACUGUUGGAGAGAGAGAGUGAGGGAGUUAAACACACAAUGUUCCGGGUGGAAGGAAGGGUCCGGCCGCCCGUUCAAACGAAAGGACCCUUUCCAUCCCUCCCGGACAGUUGCAUAUAGAGUGCAAAUGCAACGCGCUCGGCCAAAACUCCCUAAUGUUCUACGACUCUAGCUCUGAAAAUCCCGAGAGUAAUUAUUUGCUGUUUUCUUAACCAUAUUCGAAGAAAAAUUCACGUCUCAGUAAAUAUUUUUCAGGCCAACCUGUCUAAUAAAGCACGUGAGCCGUACACACAGACAGAGAGAUAGGGGUGCGAGACAGAAAUACAGAGAGCGAGACAGAGAGAUUAGGAGAGGCGCCAGGAGUGCAGACUCUCCUUGUGCGCAUCCAGCACGCCCAGCCGAUCGCAGCAACCAAAGGCGGCUCCUCCUCGUCAGCCCGGCGGGUCCAGCAAAUUUGGGCGCUAGCAAAGCCGGAAUCACCGAACCGACAAGCGCGCACACAGGCAAAGAGCUUCCGUCCGCUCUCCCCCCCCGCAAACUCUCCAAGAUGCUGGAGGAGGAGGAAGAAACUGCCCCACGAGGCGGCGACGACAACGGUCAAGGCCAACAGGCGGACCAACAUCAUCAGCCCACGCAGAAGCAGUCCAGCCGCGAAGGCGAUCGUGAGCGUAGUGGUCACUAUUCCUCGAGCUCGAGUCGCAUCGCGAGCAGCCGGUACGAGGACGAUUACUCGCAUCGUUCGAACCGCGAUCGAGACCGGGACCGGGACCGGGACCGGGAGCGAAGCCACCGCGACCGGGAUUAUCAUCGCGAUCGGAACCGUGAUCGCGAGUACGGUGGCCGGUAUCGGGACCAUUACCGGGACCAUCGGGAAGAUCAGUAUCGGCGCGAUAGGCGAAGCAGUCGCAGUCGGUCGCGGUCGAAAGAAUCGCGCUCGCGGGACCGUGAUCGUGAACGUGACCGCGAACGUAAUCGUUCGCAUCGGGAUGAUCGUAGCUCGCGCGAUGGUCCCAGCUCUCGACCGGAGCGGACAGCGCAGGACCGUCUGUCGGCGGAAAUUGAGCAGGAGCUGGCAAACCUGCGCAGACAGCAUGAUAUGAAGGAAGCAUUAAAGCGACAGCAGCAGCAGCAGCAACAACAAAGCGCAGGUGCGUCCAGCAAUGGAGACGACAGUCAGGAUGAUUCCAAACCCUCCGGCAGAGUUGUUGGUGAACGUAGACCGACUACAGGUAGUAGCUCUGGUGCUGGUACACAUUCCGGACAUUACGAAAAGCAGCACUCGUCAAGCUUUAUGCCGCAAAUCGAUCCCGGCCAGCCGGUCGAAUACGUGCCGGAGAUUCAAACCGAGGAAGAGCGCAUCGAGUUUCAGCGCAAAAUGCAGGAAAAGCUGCAGCAACAUCUCGCCGCCGAGGGAAAGCUCUACCCACCGCCCUCGAAACCGCAGCGUGACGUGCCCGCUCCCGUUACCGUGACCGGUUUCGCGAACGAUGGUUCAUUUUUGGAGAUGUUUAAAAAGCUCCAGCAACAGCAAAGCGCCGUCCCUGGCAGUAGCGGUGGCGCCACCCCAGCAAUGGCAGCAAUGCCCCACCCACAUCAUCACCUGUCAACCGGCAUUCCGGCAGCCAAUCCCACCCCAGUGAAACCGAUGAUGGUGGUUCCAACCGCUGCCGCGCUACCAAGGAUGCCGCUGGUCGGUCAGCAACCGGCGGCAGUGGGAGCGUUCAAACUGCUCCCAACCGUUGCGGCCGCCGCCGCGGUCGUCCCACCGCAGAUCGUGAAACCGUCGACGAUUGAGAAGGAACCACCGCCGCCACCGCUUCCCGUCUUUGGGCGGCGGCGUGGUGGCAAGAUUCUUAAAACCGGAAUGGUGAAGAAGGUGCGGCCGAUCGAGGAGUCCGCCGUGGAUGCGCCAAACGACGCGUGGACUCUUUACCUGCAGGAGGUGAAGAAGUACAAGAGUGCUUCGUGUGAUGCGGACUCCAAGACGCGACCAUUGGUCAAAUAAUUGGAUAAAUGGGAGACAGAGAGAGAAAGAGGGAGUGUAUUCAGUUUCCGUUUCUUUCCACCCUUAUUUCCCCGUUGGAAAGGAAAUUGUAUUUUUUAUUUAUAAAACUAACCUUUUUUGUGUGAUGAGUGUACCGGAAGGGAUAAAUGAGAAUCUUUCACAUGCCACCCUCAUUUUUUUUUGGGUGUCAAUUGUGAUUUAUUGGGAUUUGGCAGGAAAUUUUAUACCUUUUCUGUACUGGAAAAGGUAUGAUGAGCCCAUAACCCCGGUAUAUUAUGUACAUAAUAAGUUAUCAGUGUCGGUGAAUCUUCAUUUUCACCCUUUUCUAUUUCAAGUUUGCUGUAUGGGAUUCUUAUAAACCAGAUUUUUACCAUGCGUAGCGGGAAAUACGUCUGCAAUUAAUGGUCAUUUAGUAGCAGAGUGGGUACAGAGAAGCAGGGAAAAAUCCAUAAUUUGUGGAUAGGAAAUAGAGCGCACACGGACGGACUGGUCAACAUUUAUUUAAGUCCCCAUCUGAAACCCCCGGGAUCUUUCCGUGGGGGUGUGGUGGGUGUUUGCACAACAAGCGCACACACACACAACACACUCAACCCCAAAAUUAAGCUGACGAUAUUUUCUCUGGA